AUGGGUUAUUCCGACCUUGACUGGAAGGCCAUCAAUACCAUCCGACUGCUCGCGGUCGAUGCCACUCUCAAGGCAAACAGUGGUCACCCAGGUGCACCCAUGGGCAUGGCACCCGUUGCCCAUGUCUUGUUCAACAAAUUCAUGACCUUCAACCCCAAGAACCCUGACUACGCCAACCGCGAUCGCUUCGUGCUAUCAAACGGACACGGAUGUAUGUUGCAGUAUGCUCUUCUUCAUCUGUUCGGAUAUGCUUUGUCUUUGGACGAUUUGAAGAACUUCCGACAAGUUGACAGCAUUACUCCUGGCCACCCUGAGGCUCACGAUACUCCCGGCAUUGAGGUCACCACCGGUCCUCUGGGCCAAGGUUUUGCCAACGCAGUUGGUCUUGCCAUCGGUCAAGCUCAUACCGCAGCUGUGUUCAACAAGCCUGGUUAUGAGCUCUCAAACAACCAUACCUAUGUCUUCUUUGGUGAUGGUUGUGCUAUGGAGGGUGUCGCCAGUGAGGCUGCCUCUACUGCUGGUCAUCUUCAGCUUGGUAACUUGAUUGCUAUCUAUGAUGACAACCACAUUUCUAUUGAUGGUGAUACCAAGUGCGCGUUCACCGAGGACGUGUUGAAGCGAUUCGAAGCCUAUGGCUGGCAUACCCAGCAUGUCACAGACGGUGACCACGACCUUGACGGAAUUGAGGCUGCUAUCCAAAAGGCCAAGGAUGUCAAGGACAAGCCCUCUGUCAUCAAGCUGACCACCACCAUUGGAUUCGGCUCCAAGCUCCAGGGCACCGGUGGUGUCCACGGCAACCCUCUCAAGGCCGAUGACGCCAAACAGGUCAAGGAGAAGUUCGGCUUCAACCCCGAAGAGUCCUUCGUUGUCCCUCAAGAGGUCUAUGAUCUCUACAACAAGCAUGCCUCUGAAGGCGCGGCUGCUGAGCAAGCUUGGAAUGAUCUCUUCAAGAAAUAUCAGGCCGAACACAAGGAGCUCGGUGCUGACCUCGCACGCCGUCUCGCCAAGAAGCUCCCUGAAGGAUGGGCCAAGAAGCUGCCCGUUUACAAGCCCACCGACUCGGCUCAGGCUUCCCGCAAGCUUUCUGAGAAGGUUUUGGAGGAUAUCCACGAAGUCCUCCCCGAACUGUUGUCCGGCUCUGCAGAUCUGACCGGUAGCAACAACACCCGAUGGAAGAAUGCCGUGGACUUCCAACCUCCUUCCACCAAGAUUGGAGAGUGGUCUGGUCGCUAUCUUCGCUAUGGUGUGCGUGAGCACAGCAUGGGUGCUAUCAUGAAUGGUCUCGCUGCAUAUGGUACGGUCAUUCCUGCUGGAGGGACAUUCUUGAACUUUGUUUCCUAUGCUGCUGGUGCGGUUCGUCUGUCUGCUCUGUCACACCAACGAGUCAUCUGGGUUGCCACUCACGAUUCCAUUGGUCUGGGUGAGGACGGUCCUACUCAUCAACCUAUCGAAACCUUGGCACAUUUCCGAGCACUGCCCAACUGCCAGGUGUGGAGACCUGCAGAUGGCAACGAGACUUCUGCAGCCUACUACUCGGCCUUGACUUCCACUGGAACCCCAUCCGUUCUUGCCUUGACCCGACAAAAUCUGCCUCAACUCGAAAACUCCACCAUCGAGAAUGGCAUCAAGGGAGGUUACGUUGCUGUGGAGGCUGAGAACGCUGAUCUGACUAUUGUCUCAACCGGUUCUGAAGUUGCAAUUGCGAUCGAAGCUAUCAAGGUCCUUAAAGACCAGCAUAACCUCACCACUCGCGUCGUGUCCUUGCCCUGCUGGGAAGUUUUCGAUGCCCAACCCAAGGAGUAUCAACUCAAGGUCUUCCCUGAUGGCAUCCCAACCUUGUCCGUCGAGGUCAUGUCGACACUCGGCUGGUCGAAGUAUUCACACGAGCAAUUCGGACUGAACAGAUUUGGUGCUUCUGGCCCCUAUCUUGAGGUCUACAAGAAAUUUGAGUUCACACCCGAGGGCAUUGCCAAGCGUGGUAAAUUGACCGUCGACUUCUACAAGGGUCUCAAGCCUCGCUCCCCCGUCAACCGUGCUUUCCAGCAACUCAUUUGA